AUGGGUUUCAGGAGUUGGAAUAGGGCACUUGAAGGAUUCCGUAAACAUGUUGGUGAUGUUAAUAGUAUUCAUGACAAAUGUUUCAACAAGAUGCUAGAUUUGUCAAAUCAUCAUCAAUCAAUUCAAGUUGUUAUUGAUAAGCAUUCUCAAAAGUUAAAAAAUGAGUAUCGAAUGCGUUUGGAAGCCUCAAUUGAUGUGUCAAGACUUCUUUUGCAAUAUGGAUUACCUUUUCGAGGUCACGAUGAAAGUGAAUCUUCAAUUAAUCAAGGCUUCUUUCUAGGAUUUUUGCGAUGGCACGGGGACAAACAUCCGGAUGCUGGAAAAGUGAUAUUGGAAAAUGCCCCACAAAAUGAUACGUUGACUUGUCCUAUGAUUCAAAAAGAUAUUGUCAAUGCUUGUGCAAAAGAAACAUUGAAAGCAAUAAUUGGGGACUUGAAUGGAGAUUACUUUGGUAUAUUAGUUGAUGAGUCAAAAGACAUUUCUCACAAAGAACAAAUGACUCUUGUUUUGCGUUUUGUUAAUAAGAAUGGUGAAGUAGUUGAACGAUUUAUUGGUCUUGUCCAUGUUAGUGAUACAUCGGCAUGUUCAUUGAAGAAAGCGAUUUAUUUUUUGCUUUCCGUUCACUCACUAAGUCCAUCCAAAAUACGUGGACAAGGUUAUGAUGGGGCAAGUAAUAUGAAAGGAGAGAUAAAUGGUCUCAAAACUUUGAUUAUGAAAGAUAGUCUAUCGACAUAUUACAUUCAUUGUUUUGCUCAUCAAUUGCAACUAACACUAGUGGCUAUUGCUAAAAAACAUUUGGAUGUUGAAGAAUUUUUUGAUCAUGUUAGUAAUGUGUUGAAUGUUGUUGGAGAAUCUUUCAAGCGUAGAGACUUACUUCGUGAUCACCAAGCCAAAAAGUUAGAGCAAUUUUUUGAAUCCGGUGAAGUUCAAAAAGGCCAAGGAUUACAUCAAGAACGUGGGCUUCAAAGACCAGGUGAUACUCGUUGGGGAUCACAUUUCAAAACUUUAGAUAACUUUAUUGUUAUUUUCUCAUCUAUUGUUCAUGUUCUUGAAGUGAUUGAACUUGAAGGGUCCACAUCAAGUGAUAGAAAUCAAGCGGAGUAUCUUUUGACAAAGAUUAAAACAUUUAAAUUUAUUUUUGUGCUUCACUUGAUGUUGAAAGUGUUGGCAAUGUCAAAUGAGUUGAGUAAGAUUUUAUAA